CCGGCAUUUGUUUUGUUUCAAUCGACAGUGCAACUGUAUUUCUAAAAUUACACACUCACUCAGACGACCUUUGCGCAGGCGCCCUUGUCGCGACUCACCCGUUACCCCAUAGCAUCGCGCUGCCUGCCGUUGCAUUGGGUGCGCCAUCUCAGCGCCAUUGUCAAUCCAGAGUCGUCUAUAGGGCCGCACCACGGCCCAGUAGCGUCUCAUCCUCACCCCGCCGUGGGAUUCUGGCCUCGUACUUGGCCACCUGUAGAGGGUGGUCGCCCCGCAUCGACGGCCCGAUUGGUGCAGCGCAAAGUCUAAUUAGCUGAAACAGAAGAGAACUGUGAGAGAGCCUUGUUGGCAACUCUGCACGCGCCGUUGGAACAAAAAGGGUGUUGCGCGCACGUUCUCCUCUUUCGCCUCCCUCUGCAUCAAAGUCUCGUCCUGCAAGGUCUAGGGGACAGUACUUGUUAGCUACAGUAAGUCAACGCGUCUCUUUAUGCACUCCGCUGCAGCCGCUCAAGCAAGGCAUCACCUGAGAGUUCCAUCGCAGGACCCGCCCAGGCUAGCAGUGAAAGCUAACCCACACUGCGAGCUUCGGAAGCGCAGAGCUUGCCACGAACCCCAACAAAUAUACUGACUUGCUGACUCGACCACGCACAGCAGACAAUCGCCCCCCGAGUAUAGCUACAACGACAUCAACAGUAGCAGUCAACAGUAUAUUAUUAUCUGCUGAAUUCGCGAGCCGCCAUGUCUGACGACGGCCCUCAGAUCGUCCGGCCUAUUCCAAGGCGGCCGUUCAACGUCAAUUUCACUCGUGCUACGCCUCCGGAGGACCCGUCGAGUCCUGAGCUACCAAAUGAUGCGUCCUUUGGAUCUCGAUUGCUCAGCGCCGCAUGGGAAAAGCUCGGUGACACUCCUGGUGCUGGCGCCUCGACUAUUAGCCGGCCACCAUCAAUCAUGAACUUGACAUCCUCGACACUCUACGGCAUUUACUCUCCUACAGCAUCCAAGGGCGACCGUGGGUUCGCAGAGCCCCAAGAUGGCGAAACCCCAUGGGGAACAGGUGCUCAGACGCCAAUUAAGCGACCAAGCGUUGACGAAGCGACAUACGAGCUCAUGCGCGAUCGCCACAUGAAGAGACGCCGCUCGUCUUUCAAGGCCGAGGCUGCAACAAAGACAGAAACAUCAAAGCUCUCUAUAGCUUUACGGACGUCGCUACUGUUUGUCCUAGGACUUGGAUACGGUGCGCUGGUCACACACUUUCAGGCCGAACAAAAGCUAUCGAGCGGCAUCAUCGACCCCACGUACAACAAGACAUAUUUGGCGUUUUGGGGAGUCUCUGGUGUCUUUCUUGGGUCUCUGCUACCCUGGUUCGACACUUUCUGGGAAGAGGCGUUUCCAAACACCGAGAAUGAAGAAGCUGAAGUCGGAGAAGAUGAAGAGGAGGAUCGGGCCGCAGCUACGGCCAGCGACUGGACGCUGGUGAUGCGUGCCAUUGGAGCCUUUGUAGGCAUUGUUUUUGCUAUUCGUAAACUUGCAUGGGCAUCCUCGCUGCAGCUAUCCAUUACUCUUGCUCUGGUUAACCCACUCUUGUGGUGGCUCAUAGAUCGUUCAAAACCCGGCCUGCUCUUAUCGACUGCGGUGGGAGUAAUUGGAUCUGCUUUGCUGAUGGGUGUUAAUCCUGAAGUUAUGCCGACUCCCGCGGGACAGAUCACACACAAUAGCACAAUGCAGGUACCAAGCAGCGAGGCUUUGAUGCUAGGCGGGUUGGCGACGCAGCAAACUGUAGAGACAGGCGUCUGGAUGGUGAGCGUUCUGUUUUGCAGUUGCGUUUGCUUUGGAAACAUUGGCCGACGUCUGACUUGGAGCAGGUCAGCUUCGACCAAAGGCAGAUGGGCGUUUGUGCAGUAGCAUGCCCCAUUGUGUAGUUAUGACUUUUGUUUCAUGGCCGAGAUUCCCCUCUUCGUUUCAUUUUUUUCCCAGUUGCCUGUUUUCUUUUUCAGGAUAUUUGUUUCUUACGAAUUAUGUUCCUGGUGUGAUUGGAUGAUCACCUGAUGUAUUCGCUGACUUGCUUGGCUGGAAGCCUCAGCAAGAUUCAGCCAGCGCCUACAAGAGGAAUAGCAAGCCCCAAUUAGGAAAUACCUUGUUAACAUGAAUCAAUAACCUAUAGUAUUUGUAAUGGAUCGGCUCCUUUCAUGUGAAAUCAAUAGUUUGCUGCACGUUUCGGGAAUACCAAGCUAGUGAUGAGUGCGGCGGCGGGGCACUGUGGUAUCCAGGGUCCAGCUGCGUCAUAGAUAUUUUUUUGUGGCGAGAGAUGAGCAGCAACGGGCCACAAAUAAGGUGGUUUGGUGAGAUGUGCAGGGUGUAAAUAAAAUAUGACACAAGAAACAAGAAAUAAUGGGUAAGAUAGCACAUAUCCCAAAUUCUGGCACGCUCCAGGUCUGAGGCUGCGCAGGAUAGCUCUAGUGGAUGCUGCACUUACACGCUACGAGUCCGGCGAAGCUGGCGCAGCAGAACAGCAUCGUACUAGCCGGAUAGGGUCCGCCCGCGAAAUGCUUGUUUUCAGUCAGACGAUGGAGUACGUAGUCCUCCAGAGCCUUAUUUGUUCGCAUAUAGCCGUGGAAGGGGGGCGAACCAGAGCGGUGAUGGGAUGUUCAUUUCGAUGACGCACUCGGUUUUGAGGGUGGAUCGGCAGACCCCUGCGGCCAGUAAACACAGGGUCCAGCACCGAAGGAGUGACCGCUGCAACAGUUGUCUUUUGCGCUAAGAUGUGAUUAGGUUGAAUUGGGAGGAAGUCUGAAAUGCAGAGCCACGCAACGGUUGCCCAAGGUCGCUGACGAUUAGAAAGUUAAGAAAAAAUAAAAUAAAACGAAAAAUUAAAUCCAGACAGAUCAGGGUAGUCUUGCAACGUGAUAUCUAUGAACCGUUGAUGGAUCAUGAUUGCUUGCCACAG